AUAUUGGCGCCCAAUAUAUUUAAUGCUGGCCACACCAUCCUUCUCAAAGGGAAAUUACUUCUGAAAUAUCGAUAGGUUAUCUUUUUCUUUUGUUUUACCAACCGAUAUCCCCAUUGAUGACUUCCAAAAUCUAUCUCAGAUUUGCCCAUUCGUCGGCGUUGCUUUGCUGUGGUUGACAAUUACAGUCGUGAUACAUGGAGCUUUAAAUUAUUUCUCGGAUCAGAGGUCUUUAUUAUCAAGGUGUGAAUUACUAGUUUCUGCUAAAACAAUUCAAGACAUGUCGGACUACUCUGAGGAACUAGGACCGGAAGAUCCAGGCCAGCAAAUAGCCAGGAAUUUUCGACGUCUCCAGGUGUUGGCCGUCAUGAAUGGCGUCGAUAUAGAGAUCGAUGUGCCGCCAGCUUCCAAGCGAGCGAUUGCAGAGCUUCCAGUCCACGAAAUCCUGGAAUCGGAAGUGGGCGGAGAUUUGGAUUGCUCCAUUUGCAAGGAGCCAGCCAAAGAGGGAGAGAAAUUCAAAAUUAUGCCUUGUAAGCAUGAGUUCCACGAGGAGUGCAUCGUGCUCUGGUUAAAUAAGAGAAAUACCUGUCCCCUCUGCCGUUUUGAAGUGGAAUCAAAUGAUCCGGCUUAUGAGGAGCUGCGAAAAUUCAAACAGAAUGGAGCUAAUGCACCGGACAGCGAUACCAUCUUUGUGGAAUCCAUGAAAUCAUUUUUUGAUUCUCUUAGAAAUAUUAUUUAGUGCCAUUUUUGUAAAAUGCUAUAUUGCCAAAUUUGUAUGUAUGUUUGUGUUGAAAUAAAAGGUGUUAUUCGAAAAAGCUUA